GAGCAUCUUCUGUAGACCAUGUGAGAUAAGCUGCUCUAGGUGGAGUCUGGAAGCCGUGAAAGAUGAUCACGAAAGAUGCUGUUCUGUUCCGUUUGAAGAGAGUAGAUAGUAUCUAUUUACAUCAAUUUAAUGUGGCUCUGUCGAGACCACUGAGAGAUGAAGAGACGAGCUCCAUUAAUGAUCUAUCUGUAUCUUGUUUGCUUAAUAUUCAUUCGCUACCCUUCGUAACCCAAUUCUUGCACAGGCAUUAUAAUUAAUGAUAUUGUGGAAAUUUUCCUGCCCUCGCAGAAACUAAUAUCGUAGUUACAACCUGGAAGAAGUACAAUUUUUUGGGUUCUACUUGUAGUAACAAGCAUCAGUUCGAGGUUCAUACAUGGUAUCUUCAAGACGUUCGCUUCUCUAUCCAUCUUUGAUCUGAUUUCCAAGGUGCUGAAUACCCACUGUGUGAUUCCACUCCAACAUAGAACUUCUUCUACUUAUCCGGACACCAGUUUUUGAAACACUCACAUACACGACAAGAUGUAUGGUCUCCACGGGAUCAAUCAUAUGUUCGCUUCGAACAAUAUUUCGGUGGUCUUGGAUCCCUAUUUUAGGGGCGGCAAAAUCGGCUACGAGAAGAUGAGCCAACAUCCUGGUACCGGAGGCUCCACACUAGCCAUGGUCCCAGUUCAGGAGAGCAAAUACAAGUAUUUUUUGUAAAUGUGGUUUUUGUUUUUAUGAAAAUAGUGCAGGAAAGCACAUACAAGCACUUCUUAUGUUUGUUUCUAAUAUUUGGAAGAUAUUACUGUAACUUAUUUUGAUUUUAUUACACUCUUUAUGAGUAUUUCUGGAUUUGCAGGAUUCGUGAAACUCGACCAGAAGAUGGAGACUUCUCAAGUGUGGGCGUUUCUUGAUGUCUGGUUUUUUUUUUGGACACGAUGAGCCAAACUCUGUGAAUGAGAGGGGUGAGCUUUUCGGUCUUAGUAACGAAUAACUUUCCCUCAAGUCUCACAAACUUCGUCUUCUUCAGGUACAAAGCAUUCGACGUAGGUUUCGGAGGAGGCGUCAAACUCGACCAGAAGAUGGGGCACGUGCGUGAACGUCUAGACAAAUGCAAAGAAGAUACGACUCGUAUUCGUGAAGCUGGGCGUCGUGCUGUAGAAGGCUUUACUGCGGAACGUGAGGGCCCAGUCGCGAGGUCUUUGCAAAUGCAUGGAGCCAUGCCUUACAAGCAAGAAAGAGGAGUGGUUUUGCAAGGGUACUUCUAGUAUGUCGGACUUCCUUGUUGGAAUGUAGGUGUGGAAUUCCAUCAUCGUUCCAAGCACUUCUCUCUCUCUUUCCUAGGAAGCUUCUUUAAUGUCUACUUAUUCUUGUUGGAGCGGAGGAUGCACGUUGAAGACGAAUGCGUCAAUUAACUCCCUCUAUUCAAAAAUUCAUGAUCUAGUUUUAGAUGAUAUUCACCUCAAAUUCAGCGCCGAGCGUGCGAUCCCGAAGGUGGAAGAAACCCGCAGCGUCUUCGAGCGACCCAGGGGAAUGGUGUGGGAAGCUGGUGACGCUAAGAAGUACGGCUUCAAUGCCUACUCACGUGCACCAUAUGGUGGAAUGUGGAAGAGAUAAUGGCGAAUUGGUGGCAUGUGGAACAGAUACUGUUGUUGUUUCUGUCGAAAGUUUGGCACUGGAUACGGCAGAUUGGAUGCAAUGAAAAUUUUAUUCUGUGAUUGUAGACAAAAAACGCAUUUACUUAUCCCACGUUUUACUUUCAGUUAUCAAACUAGCAUCACAUAUUUUGAAGACAGUCAGGAAUGAUAGUAAACACAGUAACAGUUAUAUCAUUGAAUAAAUUGUCCUAAGGUAGUGCUAAUCACUAGUUAGAAGCAAGUAAAAUGUAUAAGUACGUAAACGUAUAGAUAGCCAUGUCAAAUGCUUGAUAUUUUUGAGUUCUUAUAUACACAAACGAUUUCGCGUUCGUAUCCAAGCGUAGUUUAUUCAUUGGUAUUUCACGGGAGUUGAGUCUUGUUUUAUAGAGUAAGCACUAGGUAGUGCUACUCAUAUCUAUGUUUCGUUAUUUAUGGUCUCUUUUUAUUACAUCAAGUGCAACUAUGACGCUCUCCAAAAUUGACCGAUAAUUCUUGUCAGCAUCCGAUGAAAAAUUUUACACUGUUACGCCAGACGAAAU